AUGUGCGCUCCUGCCCCGACUGUAGCUCCAGCAAGAGCCGUCCGCAACAUCAAGGGUACUCACCUGGCAAUUCUUGGUGGGAAAAUACGGCUCGGUUUGCUUUUUCAAUGCGCCUUCACGUUUUGUCAUGAGGAAGCGAUGGCGGACACGACAGCACUCCGGGGCGCACAAGCAUUCAAAGAGUAUAUCUACCGAAGAUUCGGCGCGCCGUCGUUGAUCAGGCAUGACCGAGACUCUCGUUUCAUGAGUGAAGUGUUUCAAGUGUUCGCGGAAAUGAUGCAAUCGAGAUCGAGGGUCACGCUGAGUUACCGACCACAAGCUAACGGACAACAAGAACAGUCAGUGAAGACAGUCAUGCAGUCAGACUGGGAUGAGAUCGCAGAGACGUUGAUAUUCGCCAACAACAACUCCACCGACGCUACGCGGAAGGAGACAUCCUUCUACCUAGUCCACGGAUGGGAUGCAAAUUCGACGCUGAAGGCGAUGGCAUCGUCGUUUAAGCAAGGAUGCGCACGACAGUGA